AUGGUAAAGGAUGAAGUUGUAAAACUAAGUUAUUGCAGUUCUAAGAACCAAGUUGCGGACAUAAUGACAAAAUCUUUAAAACUUGAGAGGUUUGAAAAGCUUCGUAGCAUGCUUGGAGUAAUGAAGGUCACUGAAAGUUUGGGCGUUGUGUAUGGAGAUUUAAGCACAUCUCCCCUUUACGUUUACAAAAACACUUUUGCUGAGGACAUUCAGCACUCAGAGAGCAAUGAAGAGAUAUAUGGGGUGUUGUCCUUCGUGUUCUGGACGCUCACACUGAUUCCACUACUCAAGCAUGUGUUCAUUGUGCUAAGAGCAGAUGACAAUGGCGAAGGAGGAACCUUUGCUCUGUACUCGCUGCUGUGCAGGCAUGCCCAGGGGGGUUUGUUGCCUAAUGUUCAGCUUGCAGAUGAGGAUAGAACAGUGCCAAUUGAUAAGAAAAAUAUUGGGUUGGUGUUGAAAUCGGUUUUGGAGAAACACAAGGUGCUGUAG